UAUCAUGAAUUGUGAUACAGGAAAAAGUGCAUCAAUAAGAUUAGUAAAUAUUGAAUAUCAAAUGUUAAGUCCACUCAACUAUUAUAUUUUAUGGAUUACAAAAUUCAUGAAUAUAGUCCUGAAGAAUUGUAUGAAAACAAAGCUAGAUUAUUUGAAUCAUUAAUGUUAGAAUGGAAUAAUAUGAGUGCCAAUUAACAAGAAAAAUUUUGUAAAAAAGUUUAAUUUACCAAUGGAGGUGAAAAAGCAAAAUAGCGCAAAGAUGAAUCUACUCUUGAAUCAUUGUAUGAAACUGCAGUUGAAAAAUAUGAACAAGGAUAAUAAUUAAUAAUUGAAGAAAAAAAUGAAAGAAAAGCAAGUUCUAAGGAAAUAUAAUUAGCUGAAAUAAUUAAAGAAAAAAGUAUAUAUAAAUUUAAAUUUAUCCAAGAAAAUAACAAAUAAUCUAAAUAUUCUGAGGACUAAAAACAAGAACCUUUAAUCUCUAAUUAAGAAUUUUCAGAAAAAGAAACUAAUUCUCAAUAGCCUUAAUUCAAAAGUUAAAAAUCUUUAAUUAAUUAAUAAAUUGAAGAACAUCAUGUCGAUAUCAAUAUUAACUAAAUUAAUGAAAAAGAUGAGAAUAUAAAAUAAGAAAAUGAAAUCGAUGAAUAAAAAAAUAAUCUUAGAAUGAAAAAUCCAGAAGUUGGUAAGAAACUCUCUCAAAAGGGAACAGUUGAGAGAAUAAAGUCAAAACGUAGCUCUAUUUAAAAGAGAGCAUUAAGUCCUUCUAAAUAAAUUUAAUUAGAAUAGCAAAAGAAUCAAAAAUACUUUUUUAUAGAUGAAACACUUAACUUAAAACAACUCAAAGAUUAGAUUAAGAAUUUAUUAAAAUAAAAUGAAUGA